GAUUGGCAAACGCGCGAUUCCCCGUAGAAGCCUAUGACAGCUGAAUCCCCUCAUCCAUUGCCCCUCCAACGUCAAGCAUCCCGCGUGGUUCAACGCCCUGGGGAAGUUUUCUUAUAAUUCCAGGUCUUCCACUGGUUUCUGGCCGCUUUGCUGCUCAGAACAGAUACCAGUAUUGGCAUCACUGCCAUCUUAACACAUCUGGACCAGCAUCAGAAACAUUCCUCCUGUUAACAGUUUUGCGCCUCGAUAAGGGAAAGGAAAAAGCAUCAUCACCUCUGGUAUCAUCUCCCAUUGCUAUCCACUAGUAUGGCUCAUUCAACUCGUCAUCGCCCUGCGUCCCCUGGGAGCAAGCGCUUGAUGGAUCCUAUGCGCGCUUCCACAGGCACGGUUCCAUUGGGUCCGUCCUUGGAUGUCUACGCGUCGCCUGCGAACUACUAUGGCUAUGAUCCCCAUACGACCCCAAGAUCAAGUGUGGAGAGAAUGGCAGAUAUUCCCUACAGAAACAACCACGACCCCUGGGUCGGAGGCGAUCGAAAGCUCGAAGCGCAACCGAUUUCCACCAAAGCUUUCAGAGAUCCAGGUCAAUCGACUAAGUUACGGACGGAGUAUGCCAUUCGACCAAGACCAAGGAGCAAUACUGCGUCAGGAGCUGACUCGAAUCGACAUCCAUUGAGCCUGGCUAUCCCGACUUCGCCCAGCCGUCCGCCUCCCUUGAUCACGACCGUCUAUGAUCGACCUCCGAGUCCACUACACCCACGAUCUACACACUCGAGAGAGGAUUCCGAGAGAUACCUCCUGCCAGCUUCGUCCAUCCAUAGCCCACGUCAUCGCAGGAUAUACAGCCAUGAUUAUGCUAGCGACACCGGUCGACUGGACCCCGAGAGAGCACGCAGGGACCGCGGUGGUUACCGUGCUUAUAGAUCCUCUGGCCGCCAUGGACACCCACUCACAGGUGACCUGAGAAGAGACGACGUCGACGACUAUGAUGCAUAUUCAUACACCAAUGCAAAAGAGCAGUUUGAGAAAGAGUUCGCGGGCAACCCCGCUCCGGAAAGAGAGAGUUACCGGAGAGAGCGGCCAGUGAGUAUGACCGGACUCGAAUCAUAUCUACCGUACCUGUCGAGGAAAGAACCAAGAGCAUUCGGACCUCCGCCGUCGCAACGGGGCUUUGAUAGACUGGACAAGGAUGAAAAGCACGGACGAGUGGGCCGUACUCGCGCAGGUAGUGACGCCUCGCGUGAAUCGUCGGGUUCCCUUCACGCACCGCGGCACAGAGCAGCCGUCGUGCAUCAGGAUAGAGACGAAGGCUAUUCCUCGUAUAGGGAGGACCACAGUGAUCGUCGACAUUCCCGUCGCCACCACCGGCGCCACGACGAUGACCUGAGAAGUCGCGAUCGCCGUGAUGACAGAGAUUCCAGAAGCGAUAAGCUUCAUCCUGCCAUGGCUGGAGGACUUGCCACGGCUGGACUGGCUAGCGGAUACUCCAAGGAUCUAUUAGACCCUGAUGCCGGUUCAAAGCAUCGUCAUCGAUCCCGCGAUCCUUCACGCAGCUAUUCGAAAACCAGAGCGGACGAUGGACACAGGGAGCACCGCAGACGGAGAGCGCGUUCCUCUCUACGCCGCCCUGGAAGUGACUCAGAUGACUAUAGUUCCGAUGAAGCCCUCCAUCAAUAUACGCGAGCCCGAUCGCAACAUCGAAGAAUUGGCGAGCUCAAGAACUCCGAUUACGCCAGAGAUGGGCGGUCGUUGGAUUCUGAAACGGACAGUUCCGACAGUCAGAGGAUGAGACGGGUUCGACGCCGCAAUCGUGAUUCUCGCCACUCUGAUGAAUCUAUCGCCAAGGAGACCUCCGAGGAGCCUCAAGAUCGCCAAAAGAGGUCUGUCACGGUAGGCGCUGCUGCUCCCAAGGAACCUGAAGCCCCGCCGAAGGGAAUCCUAAAGCCUCCUCGUGAGAAAUUCCCUGAAGAGCCGACUGCCGUCAGGGAGGGUGUUGCGCCUCUCAAAGAUGCGCAGAAGAAUGGAAUUCCCCCAGGUGCUCGGUGGACUAAAAUUGACCGCCGUCUCGUCAACCCGGCCGCGUUAGAAGCCGGCCACGAGCGCUUUGAAGAGCGGUCCGAGUACGUCAUUGUUCUGCGUGUUUUGACAAAGGAAGAGAUCCAAGCCUACGCUGUAAAGACCCAGGAGAUCAGAGAUGCUCGAUACAAAGCAGAGCGACGAGAACGCCGUCAACGCAGAGAAGAGGCUCGUCGCCAGGGCCUCCGAGGGCAGAGCGACUCUUCCAGCUACGAUGACGAUACUACCGAUGAAGACAAAACACCCUUGGCGCUCGAGGCACCUCCGGAAGACCAGCCUCCACUACUACCACAAGCGCAAUCUCGCGCUCCCAACGUGCCUAACCCAGAACCUGUUCGGAAGUGAUACCGUGAUUUUAUAGAGCCUAGACUCAUAUCUUAAACUAACCCCCUAGAGACGGGCGUGUUGUUUUCUUUAUAUAUGCAUUCUCCUUUCCCUUCCGUUCCCCUUUCCUACCAGACUAGACGAGCAAGCGAUGCGAUCCACGAUGUAUC